GCGUCACCGGGAGGCCUUCUCGAGGUUCCUGGGGGGCCGAACGCUCCACGAAUCCCACAGCGCGCCUUUCCUCCAAAAGCGCCGAACAGAGGCCGCUUCUAGCCCGGACCCCCGUGUUCUGGGGACGGCGAGGCGUCCAGAGGACCCGCGUCCUGCCUCGGACUUCACUAGCCGCGUGACCCUGGGCCGCCUCUCCCCCUCCCCCGGCGGGCCUCAGUUUCCUCCUCUGUAAAGUGAGGACAGUGAUGGCGCCACCUCCCUCCCUGAGGCCAUUUCUACAGCGGCUCCCAACCAGGUUUCUCUAGAACCCGGACCUCCGCCUGCCGCCCGCGUACACCUGCCGGAGCUUUGGAAAGCCAUGGCCGGGGGGGAGGGGCGCGGGGGGGGAGGGUUACCCAGAAACACCAGCGCGGCGGGGGGUGCUGGGGAUUCGAGCUCUUUAUACAAGCUCCCUGCCGCCCCCGCGGAAUCCGCCGGCACCUGGGAACCAGGGCGGGUAGGGGUUUCCUCCGUCCCCCCCAAAGGGAAGGUGGGCACGAAGGGAAAGAAGCAGAUAUUUGAAGAGAAUAAGGAAACCCUGAGGUUCUACUUUCGGAUCAUCCUGGGUGCCACUGCAAUUUACAGCCUCGUGACGCUCGUCAUCUUCUACUCUACAGCAUCUUUUUGGGCCUGGACGGCCCUCGUGUUCAGCUUGGUCGUGUAUGGGGCCAGCUACCGCUCCAUGAGCUCCAUGGCCAAGGCAGCCUUCUCAGACGACGGCACUCUGGCGGACAGCGGCAUUGACCUCAACAUGGAGCAGGGAAUGGCAGAGCACCUGAAGGAUGUGAUCCUGUUAACAGCCAUCGUCCAAGUGCUCAGCUGUUUCUCCCUCUAUGUGUGGUACUUCUGGCUCUUGGCUCCCGGCCGGGCACUCUACCUCCUGUGGGUAAACAUCCUGAGCCCCUGGCUCACAGCUGAGUCAGCCAACUCCAUUGUUGAGCCCAAUGAGAAGCGCCAGCGACGGCAGGAACGCCGACAAAUGAAGCGGUUGUAGCCAGCAUGGUGGUGGAGGGCCGGCCGCAGCCACCGAACUGAGCAGGACUGAGUGAAGCUCUCCCGGGCUGGGCAGGCCCUACCUAUCCACCACCUGGGUCCUGCCCCAUGACUUCCUAAGAGAGACUGGGAACCUGGGCGUCUGGACAAACUGGGUCAGGGUGGGCAGGGGAAGGGGGCUGGCUUGCUAUAAUAAAAAGCCAAAGCUGGGAA